AUGUCUCAGCACUUAGCAGUGUCACCGUAUUGCACGAACUAUAUUAACUGCUGCGCAUCAUCUUCAUCGUCGCUGUCAGCAACGUCCAUUAAAGAAUCUGGUGGCUUAAAAUCGAGGCGAAAGAAACAGAUUAGUGGCGAAGCAUUGUUUCGGCAACGGAAGGCUGCGAAUGAGAGAGAGAGAAAAAGAAUGUAUAGUAUCAACAAAGGUUUCGACAAGUUGCGACUUCGACUUCCCACUUUGCCUUACGAAAAAAAGUUAAGUAAAGUGGAUACGCUUAAACAAGCUAUUAAGUAUAUCAAGCAACUGUCUGAAAUGUUAAACGACUGCUCCCCUUUACGAGAAAGAACAGAAUUCUCUGAGCCACGACAGGGGUCGACAGUGAUUCUAACUUCUCCUAAAAGUUUUGACUCAAAAGUGCUAUCUGUAUCAUGGUGGAAAUCCACAGAACAAUAUGGAGAAGCGAUUCGUGAUGAGAACGGCGUACCUCACGUCCGUUGUUCUAAAGUCUGGAUGCCCGACGUUAUGGUGAACAACAGAUGA